UGUCUUCUUCUGCUUCUUCUUCUUCUUUUCCCCCAUAUCUUAUGUUGUUCGAGUGUUUUUGCUAAGUUGUUAAGUGCUUUCGGUGUGUUUUUGGUGCGGGCGCGCCUGCUAAUAUCAGCUGACAGAAACGGUGUGUGCGGCGGGGCGGCCCCUGCCCGUGUACGGUGUGUGCGGUCGGUCGGGAGAAGCGGAGAAAAAUGCUUUUUUAUUCUUCUUCUUCUUCCCCGAGAAUAGUGUAGGGCUGCUGCUGCCACUGCGGUUCCGAGGGCAGAGAAAAAUCUUUCCCUCGUUGGCGCGGUAGUGUAGGUGCUGUGAAGCAGCGGCAGCAGCACCAGCAGCAGACAUACACACACCAAGCGGUGCGUGCAAAAGACUGCAUCAAGCGAGAGAGAGAAAGAAAGAGAGCUCACAUGCUCCCCUCCCCUUCGCCCCAUUCCCCAUCAUUAAAUUGCCUGCUGCAGUACGCUCGCCUGGAAAAUGGUGUAGUGCGUUAGUUUUUUUAUGUUGUGUGUAAAAUACAAAAAUCCACUGCAACGACGAUUUGCGGCACUUUCCAGGCUGGUGGAAUUCCACCAAAAAAAUAAAAGGCACACACGGGGCCCCGCAUAUCGCUAUGGUUACGUAUUAAUAGUGGGCCUUUUGCAUUAGGAAAGAAGGAAAUAGUUAAACAAGUAGCAAGUAGCGUGCACCUUUUUUUUUUUUUGAACGUCGUUUCUAAACGAACUGUUAAACUUCCAGUUGGUGGCCUUCUUUAGAGAAAAAAAUCUAUUUUAGGCAGACAACCUCCUUCCCCGUCCGCUCACCCACAGAACGGGAACCGAUGGGUGCAGUGUGUGUGCCGGUGUGGUCAGGCUAAAAAUGCGACCCCCUCACCCUUCCCCCCUCCUCCCUCCCGCACAUACCCCAAUAACUCGGGUCCUGCGGAAAAUGGCAGCAAUAGCGUGGUCGGUUAGGUACAGCAGCAGCAUACCCCGAGCGCAACCGUCUGCGUCCGCGAGAAAAAAAGCGUGCAGGAACAGCCUUCUUACGCAGUUUCCAUCGCAAAAGUGGGUGACCGGGGGGGAGGGAACGUAUCUUUUCUCUCGCAUGCGGCGGCGUGUUACAGCAGUGACAGUGGAGCGUACGGCGUUUCCGCGUGGAGUUCUCGACCCCCCCCCCAACCCUCUCGAUAUUACCCCGAAAAUGUGCCGAAAAUAUACUGGCGGUGGAAAACUAAAAACAAAAAAAUCGCACACACACACACACACGUAUUCUGUGCCACAUUCUGGCGUGUGUGCGUCGAAAAUGAAGGAGAAGAAGAAAAAUAGCAUUUUAAGGACAUUCGGUGACGUUUGGAGGAGAAGGAAGGAGUUUUUAAAAGGAAACGAAAGGGGUUGUGAUGGGUGGGGGGGGGGGUUGAGAAUCGGUAUAUGCCCAGCGCUAAGGUGUCUCCAUUCGCAAGUGACUGCAUUCUCGGUCCCCUUCCCGGACCUCCUACCUCCCCCUUCCUCCUCCCCAACGUACACACAAUUAAUGCGUACAAAUACUGAGAUGCGCAAGCGCUAACGCUCUUCUCUCUCUCUCUCUCUAUCUCUCUCUCUCUCUCUAUCUCUCUCUCUCUCUCUCUCUCUCUCUCUCUAUCUCUCUCUCUCUCUCUAUCGCUCUUUUGCGUGCCACCUCCCCGCUCUCCUCGCCCUUUGCACCCGGUUCCCGGCCGCGCUGUACGGAAAUUACGGAAGCACCGCACCACAUUCGGAACGGCGUGUCGCGUGCGCGCGUGUAUGUGUGUGUGUGUGUGUGGAAAAAUAGUUUCGUGUGAAAAUAUUCUCAAAAAAAAAAAAAACCGUGUGCUUAUGUCGGACCCGAGGGCAUGAUUAUGCUGCGAGCGUGAAAAUUGUGAUAAUGCAACGUUCUAAAAUUAUCAAUCAAAACUUUGCGUGCUACUAGGGUGCCCCCUCCCUCCUCCCCCCCGAGUGUCUCGUGUUGCUCCCGGAACACACCGCGUGUCUCGGCGCUCCCCCACAACCCGUUCUCGGUUCUCCCCAAUUGUGUCUCUCUCUCUGUGAUUGUGAUUGUGUGUGUGCGUGACGGUCGUGUUGUGUCGGCGUUGUGGCAGCAGCAACGCGGAAUAAACGCGGGGCUGGAAAGAAACCAAAAAAAAAAAAAGCAAACCCCAACAACAAACAACAGCAACACCGUACGGGCCUCACGGGACCUCCAAACCGAAAAACCGCGUCUCCGGCAAAGCGCGCGGCUCCCCCACCGGUGGCGGCGGCCCGCCCAGCACAAACCAGCGCAACAUGAAUACCAGUGCAACAACCAACACCAACAACAAGAUCAACAUAAGCAAUAACAAUGCUAUCAAUGAUAAAAGCAACACAACCGCCAGCUACCAAUCGUCGUCCGCAAUGCUGCUGAGCACGCCGCCGAGGCGCGGCACGAAGCGCAAAAUCGCGUCAGUCGCCAAUGGAAAUUCUCCAGCUAUCCGAAAGCGGCGCAAACUGCAACACUCGUCCAAGGCGGGCGAGUCCCGGCUGGAGCAGGUGCCGCAGACCAAAAACACGGUCGCCGUGCUGAACGAGCUGAAGCGCAAUCUCGUCUACAAGGUGGAAUCGCAGACCGGACCCGUCCAUGCGCCGAUCUUUACGAUAUCGGUAGUGGUUGAUGGGCAAAAGUUCGUCGGCACCGGGCCGAGCAAAAAGUUGGCGCGCGUGGCCGCGGCCGCCUCCGCGCUGCGCAGCUUCAUCCAGUUCAAAGACGGCGCGACGCUGACCCCGAUCGAGCCGCUGCAGAACGUGGACUUUACCAGCGACGAUCCGAUGAUCGAGAACAGCAUCUUCCCGCUGUCGGAUGCGGUCGUCGGGCCGGGCGUACCGCAGGAGAAGGUGGCGGGCGCUCCCGUUGCCACCGGCGGCUCCUGCGGCGGCAAGCCGGCCGCCGUGACUGAAAGCACCACCGUCAAUUCGAACCACUCGCUACACAGUAACAACAGCAGCAACAGCAACAACAACAACACCAGCAGCAGCAAAACCCCAUACAGCAGUAGCGGCUGCAUUAACAACAACAACAACGGUGCAAACCGGGCGGCUGCUGCUGCUGGUGUCGCUGCCACCAACAACAGCCGCCAGUGCGACAUUAGCGGCAGCAACACGACGGUACAUUCUAACAGCCACACUACCACGAACAACAGCAACACCGCCAACAGCAGUCACAGCAGCGCGAUCGGGCCGGCCGCCAACAGCAACGGCAGCAACUGGCACCGGAAGGACGCGGCGGCCGCUGCUGCUGCGGCUGACGGUGAGAAGCAGCAACAGCAGCAGCAGCACCAUCAUCACCAUCACCAGUCGGCGCAGGAUAAGCCGCCGGCGGUAGGAACGGUCAGCAACCACAACCACAACAACAAUGCUAAUGCGAGCUUUCGAACGGCCCCUGCAGCGGCAUCCAGUAUCGUUACCAACAUUGCAGCUACUGGAACCACUUACAACGACAGUUACGAACAGUAUAUCGGCGUUAGUGCUGGCGGUACUACUACUACUACUACUACUACUACCACUGCCACCGCUUCUUCCACCAUCACCACCACCACCGGUACCGACCCGAAAACUUCCAACGCCGCCACCAGCCGCCCCCCCACCGGUCUGGCCACCUUCCCCACCGUCCCUUCCCUGCCCCCAACACCUUCUUCCCCCCGUCCUGCCGCCCCGGGUAGCGCGAUCCUCCCGCUCGCCGGUACCGCUGCAGCCACCAACAACAACAACACCAUCACCUCCUCCCCACUCACCCACCAACAUCAUAAUACUGCUGCUGCCACCGUCGCCGCCGCCACCACCACCAACACCGCCAUCCUGAUGCUGCCGCUGGCCGGCUACGUCAUGGCGUCGGGUCCGCGGCCGGGCAACCCACUGCUGGGGAAACCCGGCUGCACCACUGCCGCCGCUAGCACGAUGCCGCUCCGACCGGACCGGACGCGGGACGCGAAACCGAACGAGCCAGCGGCGGCACCGUACCGAAAGCUGAAGGCGAAGUCCGGCAAGGCGGCCCUGUCCGCGGCGAGCGAUUUCCAUCGCUUCGUCAAUUACAUGCAGUACGAUUCGUUCGCGCUGAACGGCUCCAAGAAGCAACAGCAGCAGCAGCAGCAGCAGCAGCAGCAGCAUCAGAACCAUCCCCACCACCACCACCCCCACCAUCACCAUAACAGCCACCACAACUAUUUUAACAAGUUUGGCAACUUUGACACCUCACCCAUCAAUUCCUACCACCUGUCCCUAGUGCGUAGUGACGUCACGAAACUAAGCACCGCCGCGAACAGCAAGGCGAACGGGAAGGACGGGCUGGCCAAACACAUUUCCACCAGUGCCGGUGGUGGCGGCGGUGGCGGCAGUGGCGGGGCUGGCGGCACUAGCAACAACAGCAACAAGAACAGCCACAACACCAUUACCAGUACUAGUACCCCCACCAACACCACCACCACCACCAUCCUGCCUUCCACUACUAACUCGAUCGCGAACGGGAGCACUAAUCCCGCCGCCGCCGCCGCCGCCAUUGUGAUCGUUACUUCGGCCUCCCCCACUACCACCACUGCCCUGGCGGCCAGCAGUACCGGGGGCGGGGGCGACAAGGGUUACGUGCGCGACGGUCCCGGCGCGAACCACCACCACCACCACCAUCACCACAACCACCAUACGGUUAGCUAUCCCUUUCCCAACACUACAGCCAUCCCGCCCGCCCUAACGAGUCCUUACGCACAGAACGGUCAUCGGCAAGUGGUUGAAAAAAUUCAGCAAAGCUUAAACUUAUUUAAAAAUACCAAUGAAAAGGCUCUAGCAUGGAAGAAACGGUUCGAAAAGCUGAAGGUGUCGUCGGGCAGCACGCUGCGCAACAGCGGGAACGUGGCGGCCGGCCACCAUCCGAAACCGCAGCCGGAGAAGGGACCGGUGAUGCUUCUGCACGAGCUGUUUACCGACGCCCACUUCGAGUGCGUCUCGUCCGACGGGCUGCAGCACUCGAAAUUCACCGUCGUCGUUACGGUGAACGAUAAUCAGCGGUUCGAGGGGACGGGCCCGUCCAAGAAGAUGGCGAAGAAUGCGGCCGCCAAGGCGGCGCUCGCCUCGAUCUGCAACAUCUCGUUCAGCCCGCUUCAGCAGUCCAAGUUUGGGCUGAUAUCGGCCGGCACGAGCAACGGUUCGAUCGGCGGCCCGAGCGGUGUCGCGCUGAACGGCGACAACAGCUUCACGCAGAACAAAAACUUCGAGCUGCCGCAAACGUUCGCGGACGCGGUGGGCAAACUGGUGAUCGAAAAGUUCAACGAGGUGAUGAAAGGCAGCGACGUGUACAGCCGGCGCAAGGUGCUGGCCGGGUUCGUGAUGACCCACGGGUACGACAUCAAGACGGCGCGCGUGAUAUCGCUAGCGACCGGCACCAAGUGCGUCAGCGGCGAGCACAUGAGCGUGACCGGCUCGGUUAUAAAUGAUUCCCACGCGGAAAUUAUCGCGCGUCGCGGCUUGAUGGACUUCUUCUACAGUCAGCUCGAUCUGCUCUGCCAGCAACAGCAGCAGCAAGCGGGCACGGUGACGGCAGAGGAGGAAUCGGCAUCGUCGGUCCCCCCGGCGGCCCACGACGGCACGGCCACAGCAGCAGCAGCAGCAGCAGCGGCGCCAGUGGUGGCAGUGCCGUCCGGGGGGCAGGAGGCGGAACCGAACGCGCCCGACCGGCAGGCACGCCAGGAAAUCAUUUUUAACACGCCCAAAGACGGCGCGAACCUGUACACGCUGAAGGACGGCAUCUACUUCCAUCUGUACAUCAACACGGCACCGUGCGGCGAUGCGCGCGUCUUCAGCCCGCACGAAAACGACAGCAUGGACGUGGACAAGCAUCCGAAUCGGAAAGCGCGCGGACAGCUCCGUACGAAGGUCGAGUCGGGCGAGGGCACGAUACCGGUCAAGAGCAGCGAUGGCAUCCAGACCUGGGACGGUGUGCUGCAGGGUCAGCGACUGCUGACCAUGUCCUGCUCGGACAAAAUUUCCCGCUGGAACGUGCUGGGUCUGCAGGGUUCGCUGCUCGCGUCCAUCAUCGAGCCGAUCUAUCUGCAUUCAAUCGUGCUGGGCAGCCUGCUGCAUCCGGCGCACAUGUAUCGAGCCAUCUGUGGCAGGAUAGAGAGCGCGAUCCAAGGGCUUCCCCCUCCGUACCGUUUGAACAAGCCGAAGCUGGCGCUGAUGACAUCGGCCGAGUCGCGCAAUCAAACGAAACCGCCCAACUUUAGUAUUAACUGGAUCACGAACGGUACCGAGGUGGAGAUCGUCAACUCGUUCACCGGCAAGCUGAUCAACAACAACACCAACACGAACAAAAUGUCCCGCCUGUCGAAGCAGUCGUUCUACCAGCGCUACUCGACCGUGAUCGCCGGCCUGCCCGGCAUACCGCUGCGCGAGGUGAAGCCGACCUACUUCGAGACGAAGAUGUCGGUCGCGGAGUACCAGCAGGCGAAGCGCGAACUGUUUGCCGCGUUCAGCAAGGAGGAUCUCGGCGAGUGGCUGAAGAAACCGAUCGAGCAGGACCAGUUCACGCUGAUCGUGGCGAAGGAGUGCAGCGAGCUCGGGCCGCAGCAAGCGCUGCCGCAGCAGGCACAGCAGCCGCAGCCGCCACAGUACGCUAACCAACCCCAGACAGUGCCAAUGCCAGCGGACGCCAAUACCGCCGCCGUGGGCAACGUUUCUUCCAUUGGAAAUAGCUCCAAAUGACAUCAUGUCAAGUACUCCUCCAGCAAGCGCAACUAUGCGUCGAUCGGCUACAGCGACAACACUAGCGCUAGCAACACUUCCGUAGAGCGUAACAACAAUUCUAGCAGUUCGUCAGGUAGUUAGUUUAAGCGACGCUAACGUGGGCGGCGCCAUGUGCUUGGUCUGGUUUUGUUGCUGGUUUUGUGAUGCGAAAACCACUCAACCCUGAGAGGCUGGGCAAACAAAAGGGGUUUGAAAUGAGCGAAGGCGUUAUUGAAGGGGGAGGGAGAGAGACAGAGAUAGAGAGAAGGGCGUCUUACAAAAUUUUUGGGGGAUAACUAUUAUCUUUUGACUACUAAUUUUUUACUAUUCAGUUGUUUUUUUUGCAUAAACCAGUUUUGUUUGGUUUUAGUCUUUCCAAAUGGGAUUUCAAAGUUGCAGGCAAUCUUGUUUUUCGAAUACAGCGUAUUCUAACUUGAUUUUUUUUUAUUCUCAUAGUAAACUCCACAGCGUACCUUUGCUUGGUGGUGAAAAUGGCAUCCCCCAUCAUCGAAUACGGUUUAGAUUGAUUUAAGUUUGAAAAUUUUGAAAUUUUGAAAAUUUUGAAUGAAUUUGAAUUCUUUUGUUGAGUUUGUGUCGUGCAAACAGCAACCCCAAGGUGUGAAUUUUUCUACAGAAAAAAAAGAAAAUGAAAAUGACACAAAAUCUUGUAAAAAAAACCUCUCCAGCUAGAGGAGAAAUAGGCAUUAGAAUUGAGUAGAGUAGGAAAAAAAAACAAAUAGCAUUACACAGUUUGGUGAACAAAACAGAAAAAGAAAAAAGCUAGCAACGUUUGCGCUUGUCUGUAAAUUUGUGCGCCCCGCUUUUGGAAUGGGGUUGCAAUACUAUGAGACUGGUUGUAGUUUCUCUACUAUCGUUUAAUUGGUAUUUUUAGAGCGUUUGAAAUAUUAGCGUUUUUAUUUUUUAAAUUGGAUUAGAUUUGGCUAUCGGCUUGUGUAUUAUCGUUUGCUGCGGGAGGGUGGGGGAGAGGGUUUUGUUUUGUUUUUUUUUUUUGUUUGCUUGUGCAGCUGUUUCGGUCCAUUACGAACACCUUUCGCCCGUAUACGUUUAACACCUCUGCGGGUGGAUGUGAUGUGGUUUGAUCCGCUGUUCAGCCAGUACAUCAUGGACCAUCUGCACACACACGCACACACACACGCAUAUACACACAUAUGUACAUAUAUGCCUUUGCUUGCCGGUAACAGUGAGGGAAACGAAACCUCCUCCCUCCCAGCAAACAGAUUACAUUUCUUUACGAACGACGAUCUCAUAUUUGAUUUUAUGUUGUACUAGAUCUAUCUUCCCUUUUCUCAAAAUAUCAUAACGUACACAGCAUACACAGGGCACGAACGAAGGUGGGGCACAGCGACCACACCUCCUCUUCCACUUGCAACCAACCCUUUCAUUUCAUACUCUUAAAUACACACACACAAACAGAAACAUAUUUACAUAUAAUGGUAAUGCUCAAAAACACCGCAAACAUUUACAGGCACACAUUUUAAAGGGGGAACAAUUUUGCGAGCAGAGAAUACUCGAUACUGUGUGUGUGUGUGUUUUAAAGCCCUUUCCGCCUUCUUUCGUUGUCACGCAUUUUAUUUUACACAUAUCCACACGUUCAAAGUAUUGAGACACCGAUAUCGGUUUAUCGAAUUUAUUAGAUCCAAUUAUUGCUAGACAUACUGGAUUGCUUAGUGAAUUAUUUAUUUUCCUUUCGCGUUCACACGGUAAACAAAAUUAUCCUUAUUCGAAAUAAUAGUAAUAAUAAUAACAAUAAUAAUAAUAACAGUAAUAAUAAUAAUAAUAAGGCAAUAAGGUUGUGUUACAUAGUUAUUAAAAGAGGUAACAUUACAAUUUACUUCAGAAAAGCGAGUUAUAUUAACAUUACGACUAUAUAAACCUAUUGCAUUAGUAGCGUCCCUGCCGAGUCCCACACCCGGGCAAUGGGCAUAGUUUGUUCGGUUCUUGCCCAAUAUUUGAACAACAUUAGUAUAGUUUGAAUUGAACGCUUGUUCAAAAGCUCUGUUUGAGUGGAGCAGGAUCGGGCGUAGACCCGGGCGUGUUUUAUUUAAACACACAAAUUAGAAGCCAACUAAGACGAACCCAAUGGCUCCGAGGCUGCACGAUUGUUUUGGUAAGCACGCGCUUGGCUCGGCGCGGUUGCGUUUGCGUGGUAGGGACAUUGUUUUGGUUUAUAUUCGUAAAAUAUUGAAUUUGGAUAGUUUUUACCCUAUCGAUAAUUGUUGCUAAAUUGGGUAACGCCUCUCCCCUCUCCUUCCUGACCAGGUUAGGUCGCAAUCGGUACGUUUGUCGAACGGCCAAUUGACUGUUGAAUGUUUGUUUUCUUUUCUCGUCAGCCUUUUGUCAACCGUGCGUUAUCUAAACCUAGCCGAUAAGCGAAGUUGCAGAAGUGUUCUACCUAUGUACACGAGCGAAUGCAAAUAGUAUGAUAAACUUGUAGCUAUAGAUAGACACGUUUGUUUUUUUUAGGCGUUAUUAGCAACUAACAAACAGUUGCGGGGUGGAAACAAGUGUUGCGAACGAACAGGUGUGUUACAUUGCACAGGUGUACAAGUGAAGAGAGGGUUGAUUUUUUUUACAACAUGCUCCGGAAAAAGGAUGACAAACAAGCAAAAGAAGCAUACAGAACAAACGCUCAUACACCGGCAGAUAUUCGCUGUGAGGAGGGGGUUACAGUUUAAUUGCGAUUGUGAUUUUCGUAAUCAGAAUUUUAUCGUCCAGGGUGCUAUGGCUAAAAUCAAAGACGACCUGCACAUUAACUAGCCCUGUAUGUUAUUAAAGCGAUGGAAGCUCUACCAAGCACACGUUUCGAUUGUUUUCGGGUUUCGGGUUGUGUUUAUCGGGGUACUAACGUACCUCGGUAUUAGUAGUGUGUGUUCUCUACUUUACCCAGCGCAGGAGUUUCGUGAAUAUUUAAAUCUUCAAUAGUAAAAAAGGGAAACCCAUUGCACCACAUUGGAACGGGAGACAAAUACAGAGAAAUCUCUACAAGGCGAAUCUUAAAGGGACCGUCAGAAAACUAAUUAAAAUGCUGCUUUAAAGUAUAGUAGCAACCACGGGGCAAUCCACGUGGCAUCCUUUGAUCAAUGUUUUUGUGAACUGUCGUGCAAACAUUCCUCUUUAGAGAAUUUAGGCUGCCAAAUGGCACAUGCAGCUUAGAGGAUAUUCGCCUUAGGGGGAGACAUUCAUCUUGAAGAGACAUAACAAGUGACAGACCCGUCAAAAUGUUUAUCUUAGAGAGAUUUCACUGUACCGCCAACUCAGAGUAUUCUCACUCUCUCUCUCUCACUCUCUCUAGCCAGUUUUAUCUAGCGCGUUUGUAGUAGUUGAAUUGCGCGACGGUUGGUGUUUGUUUUGUUGGUUUUGCAAUUGAACAAAAUGCAUCUGGGAGGGAAAUCGUGUGCUCAGUGUAUUUUAAAGCGAAAAGCGAAACAGCAAAUUAGCAAAAAAAAAAAAAAAGAAAAAAAUCAAAUGGAUUAGGAAUUUUUAUUGGUGAGCUGCAGCAGGAGCGGUGUUUAGUGCAGUGUUGUCGCGGCAAGAAGUUGUACAGCAGGAACUUGGUUCAAUUUUAAAUCACAUCUUGCACAUACGUGUGUCUAUGUGUAUGUGUGUGUGUGUUUUUGUGGGUGAUUUAAAUGUCAAUUAAUUGCCGCACGCAUGAACAGCUCUCUCACAACAGUUCACAAUUUACGACUUUCUUCCUUCAGUCCUUGUGUCCCCCUCCUAAGGCAUCAUCUACUUCCCUCCUCUACCGGCUCCCUUUCAAGCAAAUUGCUGCAAAAGAGAUAAGAAAACACACACACCAACCAACAACCCUCCAAGCAACACCAUCUGUUCGAAACUUUAUGUGAUACAUUGCUUGUAUUGUUUCUCGAACAAACAAAUACGUAUUUUUAGUGUAAGUUGCAUUAAAAGUAAUCUCUCCUUUGCCCUCCCCAAAAGCGCUAUAUGAUUUGUACAAAAGAAGCAAAAAAAACUAUUACGUAAAUAGUUACACCGUGUUUUGCUCGCUAUGUUGAGUUGAAUUUGCGAAUAGAGAGAACCGAUAUAAUAAUCAGCCACUCAGCAUACGGGAAUAGGGAAGUGAUUUAAAACUUGCAAUUCUGCUCACACAGCCACACAAACAUGCAUAGACAUAUAUAGGCACAGGCAUAGAAUGAUAGUAAGGCGCUCAUAACAUGGGAAAAUGAAAAUGACCUUUUACAUUUACUACAGCAAAACAAAAAAAAACCUAGCUUGUAAGCUGCACCGAGCGUCUAGGGUGUGUGAUAUGAUAAUAGAGACGUUUUUUUGUUUGUUGCAUGGUUGAAAAAUGGGGGAAGUCACCACCCACCACUCGCAAGGAAGAGACGGGGGAAGCAGAGAGCACCCCGGAAGAAAAGACCGCACAUGAAAGUUAAAGGUUUAUUUGAACUGAUUUAACCUGUACCGUGUGUGCAUAAUACCCCGCUACAAACUCAGCACUCGUCACACGUUGGCCCUGGAAGCAAUCUUUCCACGAACCGGCACUCUAUCGGUUAUCGGCGUGUUACUUAAUUAGCUAAACAAUGCAAACUGCAAAAACAAAACAAAAACAAACAAACUAAAAGCAAUUAAUAUGACAAACGGUUUAUACUACCUACUUUGAAACAAAUGAGAUUAGGUUUUUUUUUUCCUAGAACGGCAGUAGACAAGCAAAAUUAUUGAUUAUAUGCGUGUGUGUGUCUGUUUUCGAAAAGUAAAAAAAAA